UGGGGACUGUCAGCCAUGGACACAGCAGAGCAACUGAACAUGACUCGAGUGGAAGAUUCCCCGCCCGGCGUCCAACCCUCCAACUGCUGCUCGACCGCGGGCGACGAGAACUUUUUCAGGCUGGACGACAGCACGAACGCGGUCGGCGUUCAGGUCGUCCUCAUCCUCGCCUACAGCACCAUCAUAUUGUUCGGAGUGGCGGGGAACUCCCUGGUGAUCUACGUCGUCUACAAGUUCAGAAACCUGCGGACCGUCACCAACUUCUUCAUCGCCAACUUGGCCGUGGCCGACCUGCUGGUCAACACGCUGUGUCUGCCGUUCACCCUCGUCUACACGCUGUACGGCGAGUGGAAGUUCGGCCAGGUGCUGUGCUUCAUGCUGCCCUGCGCCCAGGGCAUGGCGGUGCACGUGUCCACCGUCACCCUGAACAUCAUCGCGCUGGACCGCCACAGGAGCAUCGUCCACCACACGGAGUCCAAGAUGUCCAAGGACAUGUGCGCGCUGGUCAUCGUCAUGACGUGGACCGUCAGCGCGCUGCUGGCCAGCCCGCUCGCCAUCUUCAGGGAGUACGGGACGUUCGAUCUCUCCCCGGUCGAGUCUAUUCAGGUGUGCACGGAGAAGUGGCCGGGGAGCAGCAUGAACGGAAGCAUCUACAGCAUAUCGAUGCUCCUGGUUCAAUACGGCCUCCCACUGGCCAUUAACUCCGUGGCGUACAUCCGCAUCUGGAAUAAACUGAAGAACCACAUGACGCACGGCGGUCGAAAUGACCGCCACCAGCGCCGGAAGAAGACCACCAAGAUGCUGCUGACCAUGGUGGUGGUCUUCGCCGUCAGCUGGUUGCCCUUCCACGCGUUCCAGCUGGCCGUUGACAUCGACAGCACGGUGCUGUACAGGAAGGACUUCAAGCUGCUCUUCACCCUGUUCCACAUCGUGGCCAUGUGCUCGACAUUCGUCAACCCCAUCCUGUACGGGUGGAUGAACGGCAACUACCGGUCGGCCUUCUUGUCCGUGUGCGAGUGCCACCGGCCCUUCGGCCGGAGGCCACGGCGCCCCAGAGGCAGAGACGCGCGAACGUUCGGGAGAGAGGAGGUCGGGGUUCGCGCGGGUUACAAAUCCACAAACGUAUGAGUUGCACAGGCAGAGACGGAUCACUGCUCAUCAUUCAUGGACACGUGAAGGGGGUUUUUCGACCUCCUAAAAUAAGGACGGAUGAAAAUGAUGAGCGGGUUGUAAGACAUUAGUUUGAUUGAACUAAGACACUUGCUGCGAUUCCCAACAAUAGUGCUCGUCCUCUCAGGUAUUUGUGUGUCGGACGACGACGGACAUUCCUCUUUGUUGUCGCAGUUCGUCUUGCGUGUGUCUGCAUGUGUCAUUAUGAUCACCGCCAAUGAAUCUAUACACAAAUUCAAACAUUGUUUGGCUGCAGCUUCUGCAAAAGUUGGAGUCAAACUACCUGUCUCAGGUUUUCACUCGGUCUCGGGUUAACGCCCUCAUAGAUUCAUACUUGAUGCCACGUGUUGAAUGUGACCAUUUUUUUUCCAAAACUAAAAAUUGGAUUUCUUCGGCACGAUAGAUGUUAAC